UGGUUAUGGACGAUAGAGUAGUGUCAGUUAUUAACUUACAUUAAUUUAUUAUUUAAUAAAAAAUAGUGAGUAUAAAAAAUAUAUUUCGCAAAAACGAAGUUUCUGUUAUUCAGUAACUUAAAUUAAUUCUUUAAUUAUAAAUAGUGAGUGUAAAAAAUAAAAUUGAAAAAAAAAUUGGAAAAGACUUAAAAAAACUUUCAAAUUUGGAAUUAUGGCUGGCUGAAAAUAACUGAAAAACUUUCAAGUGCAUAUUGAAGAAGAACAAUUUAAUACCAACCAGUGUUAAUACAACUCUAGUGAAUAAACUCUUUUUGUGAAGGACAGUGAGUGUGAAAUAAUGGAUCCUGAAAGACAGCCCUUACUGGCUUACUCAUCGGAAGCAAGAUGCAGAAGAUUUGGACCACUAACCCCCGAAGAAGUCAACACAGCUCGUCAAGAGAUCACCUGGCGUCGAACCCGAUUCUUCCUCGUGCUAAUGUUCUGGGCGCUCAUAGCGAUGUUCCUCUCCAUCAUCACGUGUAUCCUGGUGUCAGCGCCCAGGUGCAACUCCUACGAUGCCGCGGGAGACUUGCCUAGCGUGCCGCCAGUGCACAUGACCUUUGCACCUCUCAUUUAUAAGAUGAAUGAUGAUAGAGUUUAUACUAUGCAGGCGUAAAGUGUUGGCUUGAUUUUUGUGUUUUGUGGCAAAAAUAAUGUUUAGGUUUUAUGUGAUACACCUAUGUAUGUAUAACUACGUUAUUAAAAUAUGCAUGACGUCUAAGCUCUUUAACCGACUUCAAAAUACGGAGGUUCUCAGUUUGUGUAUGUUUGAUAUGUGAUGCGGUUUUCAGCAUAGUUAUUGUCAGAUAUACUUAGUAGGUUCUAGGUAUAUUUUUGAAGUCAGGUUUUUUUUUGUAGUUUUUUGAAAUGAUUUUAUUUUGAACUAACUAAAUGUUUUGGCUCAAAUGGUUGUUCUAACUUGACUUGAUUGGUUACACAAUUAGUGAUAUGUUAUAAUAAUUAUUGAUAAUAAUUAUUUUUGUCUUGGUGCGCCUUGAAAAAGUUUAUCAAUUAUGUAUAUUUUAAUAAGCGGAAGGUCAAGGUAGGUAGUAUAAGAAUAU